AUGUAUAGCUGUCCAACCGAUGAGCUAGGACGACAUGCAAUCCAUUGGAUCGAAUUCGUUUUUCAUGAAUGUGCCUAUACCCAUCGAGACUCUAUCAGUAUGUUUCUUGGGUAUACAUCCAUUACUUGCUGGUUUUUUGCUCAGAUACCCCAGCUUCGCAUGAACUGGAUCAAUGGCUCUGCCAAGUCUUUAUCAAUCUAUUUUGUCUCCAUCUGGCUGCUUGGAGACAUUACAAAUCUAGUUGGAUGCAUAUUGACUAAUCAGUUGCCAUUUCAAAUCUAUUUGGCCGUGUACUUUGUGCUGGUGGACUCAAUAUUGUUUUUACAGUGGAUGUUUUACUGGUAUACCACUAGUCCACGUCCCAUUUUAGAAGGGUCACAAGAGUUUGAUGAACGGUCUAUGCUGAUAUCUUCUCCACUCACGAGUGUGUUGGACGAUGCCGAUAGAUCGUUGAACCCAGAGCUGCCCUUGCUUAGACCCGAAUCAAACUGUGCGUGUCGAUCCCAUUCCAAUGUGUUAUUGAUUAUAUUCAAUCUAGCACUCAUCUUCACCAUUAUUGCUACUGUGGCAUCGUUUGGAGCACCAUUUGUUCUGGGAUGGCUUUCUUCGUCCCAGCAUCACCAUUCAAAUUCGACAAAUAUCCACAUAGAACCUGAUCAGCGGCCAGUUUUAAACUCGUACGAUUUAGGAAGAUUCAUCUCAUGGAUCUGCACAGCUCUGUAUCUGUCUUCCCGCCCACCACAAAUCUACUUGAAUAUGAAACGAAAGACAUGCGAAGGAUUGAGUUUGAACAUGUUUUUUGGCGCAGUACUGGGGAAUAUUGCUUACACCAUGUCAAUCUUUGUCAAAUCCAGUAAUCCUUCGUUUCUGCUUCAAUCGCUUCCAUACUUGCUUGGAAGUGGUGGAACUGUAUUAUUCGAUUGUGUGAUUUUCGGCCAGUAUCUGGUUUACAAUAUGGGAUGGUGGAGCAAAUAA